AGGUGAGUUGAGCUGGCACUCAUUAUCGCCCGGUGUUCUCUGAAUUGUGUGUGCAUGGGGGCAAAAAGGAGAGGGAAGCGAGUUGUGUUCAAACGAGUUGUGUUCAAACAGGCCUGAAAGCUUACAAGAAAACCCCCGAAAUCUAGAUGGUCGCCAUGUCGAUGGCCGACGGCUACGCCCGACUGACCGGCAAGCCGCAAUGCGUCAUCGUACACGUCGACGUCGGCACCCAGGGCCUGGGCGCCGCCGUACACAACGCCUCGGCGGGCCGCGCGCCAAUCCUCCUCUUCGCCGGCCUCUCGCCAUUCACGCAGGAGGGCGAGAUGCGUGGCUCGCGCACCGAGUACAUCCACUGGAUCCAGGACGUACCCGACCAGAAGCAGAUCGUCUCACAGUACUGCCGCUACUCCGCCGAGCUCAAGACGGGCGUCAACGUCAAGCAGAUGGUCAACCGCGCGCUGCAGUUUGCCCGCUCAGCACCCCAGGGCCCGGUCUACCUGUGCGGCGCCCGCGAGGUGAUGGAGACCGACAUCGAGCCGUACUCGCUGCGCCAGGAGGUCUGGGAGCCCAUCCAGCUCGGCGGCCUCCCCGCGCCGGCCAUUAAAACCAUUGCCGACGCGCUGGCUGGUGCCAAGGAGCCGCUGCUAAUCACGGGCUACGCAGGCCGGAACCACGCGGUGGCGCCGGCGCUGGUCGAGCUGGCCAACACGGUCAAGGGGCUGCGCGUGCUGGACACGGGCGGCAGCGACAUGUGCUUCCCCGCCGAUCACCCGGCCUGGUUGGGCCUGCGGUUCGGCUCGGAGCAGUACAUCAAGACAGCCGACGUCAUCGUCGUCGUGGACUGUGACGUUCCGUGGGUCCCGACCUUGUGCAAGCCGAGGGCCGACGCCAAGAUCUUCCAUAUCGACGUCGAUCCUCUGAAGCAAAUGAUGCCGGUGUUCUACCUGGACGCCCUUGCCAGGUAUCGCGCCGACGCCUUGACAUCGAUCGAGCAGCUGACGGCGCAUCUCAAGAGCGACGAAGGGUUGAAGGCAAAGCUUGUGGGUGGGGACCGGGAGAAGAUGUGGGGUACUGUCGUGGCAUCCCACAAGGAGAGGCUUGAGGCCAUUGCGGCCAAGGCGCAGCCACUAGAGGGCGGGGCUUUUGGGACUGGGUAUCUCUGCGGGAGGCUGAGGGACCUGUGCCCGAAGGACACGAUCUGGGCCAUCGAGGCAGUGACCAAUACCGCAUUCGUGCAUGACAACCUGCAGCCCUCCCUGCCUGGGCAAUGGAUCAACUGCGGCGGUGGCGGUCUCGGGUGGUCCGGCGGCGGCACGCUGGGCAUUAAGCUGGCCACUGAUUACGAGAGCAAGCUAAAGGGAGAGAAGGGCAAGUUCGUCGUGCAGAUCGUUGGUGACGGUACAUAUCUCUUCUCGGUUCCAGGCAGUGUGUAUUGGAUCUCGAGGCGGUACAAUAUUCCCAUCUUGACGAUUGUCCUGAACAACAAAGGUUGGAACGCGCCCCGGAAGUCGCUCCUCCUCGUCCAUCCGGACGGAAUGGGGUCCACGGCGACAAACGAGGAGAUCAACAUCUCGUUCGAUCCCGUGCCCGACUACGCCGGCAUUGCGAAGGCGGCGGCUGGUGGAGACCUGUUCGCGGCGAGGGUGGAGAAGACGGAUGACCUCGACAGGGUCCUGAAAGAGGCGAUCGAGGCCGUCCAGGGGGGCCAGACGGCCGUGGUUGACUGCAAGGUUGCCAUGAACUGCUAGUCUUGAGACCCAAGACGAGGGGUGGGGG